AUGUCCAACAUACUGCGUGUUGCGGGGGCCCUUCUCCCUGCAGACGUGCAAUGCCGGAGGUUUAUGGCGGCUAACAGGUAUGACCUGGCCGAGACGGGGUACGACCGCGCCCUUCUGGCCGCCAUGUCUGAUAUGGACAGGCUGCAGGAAGUGGAGGUACUGAAGAGCCUGGGAGACUUGAACGUGGAGAAAGGAAGACUCCACAAGACCGAAGCUCCGCGGAACUUGAAGCGGGGCCUGAACCUGUACAGGGCCGCGCUGCUCCGGUGUGAGGACCCGGGGGAAGGCGAGUCUCUCCAACAUAGGGUCGAACUCACCGAGAAACUCAGGCAGAAAACGCCCAUAGCUGGAUCAACAAGGAACACAAGCAUUAAUUCUGUUGCUAGGGCUUCUGAAAUCUUUCAAGACUUGGACAAGAAGCGGGCUAGUGGAGGCCAUUUGGAAAUCUUUCAAGACUUGGACAGUAAACGGACUAAAGGUGGUCAUAUGGAGUCCAUCUCAGAGGGCUACACGAAGGUUCUUGUAGAAGGAAUAGCGGAGGGUAACAAUAUGUUGCAAGUAGAGGCUAUAAAAAGUCUCGGAGACGUGGACCUUAAGAGAGGAAGAGACUUAAAGGAGCCCAGACACUUGACCAAGGCGACAGCCCUGUACAGCACAGCCCUGGAGCGAUGUGACGAUCCACAUGGGAAAACCGUCCUCACACAUCGCUUACUGCACGCAGCAAAAGUCAGGAGAGACAUGGCGGACAGAAGGAGACGGGUAGGUCGUAGCACAUUUUUAUACUGCAGUCAUACUGAAAAAAAUACCGCCCCCCUCCCGUCUGGACAUGACAUAAGUACAUGGAAUGUCUCUCUAGAUGUUGUAUACACCGACCAGCUGCAAGAAGGCCUCAAGGCCCUGCAGACAGGGGACCUGGACAGGGCAGAAAAGCAUUUUGCAGCUGCGCUUAAGGCCGUCCAUUUCAAAGAUCCAAAUAGAGACCAAUAUAUAAAAGAGGCGGAGCCCCUGUGCAGGUUAAGCGAUGUCUACAUGGAAAGAGGAAAGAAGUCGAAAGACGGAAGUGACUUCACCAAGGCUGCAGCACUCCGUAAUGCCGCACUGGUCAGAGCAAGGACAGAAGACAGAGAAGCCAUUAAACAAACAAUCCUGCAAGUUAGCCAGUCAUUUGUUGAGCACGUGCUGGGGAUCAAGCAAGCAGUGAACACCAGUAAAAGAGGGAAACACAAAUCAAAACUUAAGAAAGAUCGCGAACAUGUAGAAAAAGAGAUGAAACAAAUCGAGCAGGAGAUCGAUCCUUAUAGUCUUGAUGACGAUGAUCCAGAGAUAAGAGAAGUGGAGAAGCAGAGAGUUAAAGCGAUCAUAACACUCUUCCAAACUAUUGCUGCACAGAGAAAAACGUUCAUAGUUGACCUUGUAGAUGAAUGUAUAGAGGUAAUGGGUUCCCUUCCCUGUAAGUACGCUAUGAUAGGCCUGGGUUCACUGGCCACAGGGUUAGUAACCCCGUACUCUGAUCUGGAGUUCGCCAUCCUGAUAGAGGAGGAAACAGAGAGUAACGUCGGGUAUUUCCGCAACCUCACUCACUAUCUGCAUCUCAAAGUCAUCAACCUGGGAGAAACCAUCCUCCCGGCCAUGGCAAUCAAGUCUCUCAAUGAUUUUUCUACAGACCCACCGAACAGCUGGUUCUACGACUCUGUAACGCCGCGCGGGUUCGCGUUCGACGGAUUCAUGCCGCAUGCAAGCAAGACUCCACUGGGCAGGGGUGAAACAGCUGAACUUAUUCACACACCAAGUGAGAUGACAAUUGUUUUAAUUGAAGACUUGCAGCGUUACUUGCACAAAAUCAGGCAAGACGACAUGACUUUCCAUUCCAAGAAAGGCUACCAUCUCGCCACCAUAUUGGGCAAUGUGUGUUUGAUCACAGGAGAGCAGGACUUGGUCGAUGUGUAUUCCGCCUUGUGGACUCAGAAACUCCAAAGCAGUGAAGGGGUAAUACCUGCGUUACAGGCAUCGAGUAUUAUGAGCGAAAAUACAAAUAACCAAACAUUUACAUUCGAAGAUCCAACAUCUAGACUGCUAGAUGUGAAGAAAGACAUCUAUAGAUUUUCGACCCUUGCGGUGUCGUGUUGGGCGCUACUCUAUGGUAUACAGCCCACCACAAUAUGGGAGACUAUUCAGAUUAUGAACAAGAACGGAGUCAUCAACAGUGAGAACGCGCAUCACUUGAUGGUGCUGGUCAGCAUCUCAGCAGAACUGAGGCUGCGGACAUACAUGCACAACCGUGGACAGGUGGAGAACAUGUCAGCCUUACCGUCCAUAUCUGAUAACACAGAUAUGGGGGAGAAGUUGAGGAAAGUGUUUUACUUCUCCAAUACAAAACAACUGAUGAGAUACCAUUACACAGCAACACCAUUGAAGGUCUUUAUUCUACAACUUACCGAAAUAUACCCAUCGACGGUAGAACCACCUGUUCUGUUUCACAACUCACCAACCUUACAAGCAGCCGUAUAUAAAAGUCUGUGUGAGUACGAAAAAGCAAAAUCAUGCAUGGAAGUGGCACUACAGCAUGAGGUUGCUAAACACGGCGAGGGAAGAGAACAUCCUGACGUUGCUGCGUUACUCAACAACUUGGGUGUCGCCUGGAGUCACCUCGGUGAUUACAGAAGCGCCGUCAGCUAUCAUGAACAGUCACUACAGAUGGAGCGAAGUAUCCAUGGUGAAGACACUGAACAUCCUGACAUCGCCCAGUCACUUCACAACUUUGGUAACUCCUGGAGUCACAUUGGUGAUCAUAGAAAGGCUGUCAGCUAUUAUGAACAGGCACUACAGAUGAUGCGGGGUAUCUAUGGUGAGGACACUCCACAUCCUGACAUUGCCACGUCACUAAACAGCUUGGGUACCGCCUGGAGUAGCCUAGGUGAUAACAGAAAGGCCUCACUUCACAACUUGGGUAACGCCUGGAGACACCUUGCUGAUCACAGAAAGGCCGUCAGCUAUCAUGAACAGUCACUACAGAUGAGGCGGAGUAUCUAUGGUGAAGACACUGAACAUCCUGACAUCGCCCAGUCACUUAACAACUUGGGUAACGCCUGGAGUGACCUUGGUGAUCACAGAAAGGCCGCCAGCUAUUAUGAACAGUCACUACAGAUGAGGCGGAGUUUCUAUGGUAAGAACACCGAACACCCUGACAUCGCCGGAUCACUUAACAACUUGGGUAACGCCUGGAGUGGCCUUGGCAAUUACAGAAAGGCCGUCAGCUACCAUAAGCAGUCGCUACAGAUGAUGCGGAGUAUCUAUGGUGAGAACACAGAACAUCCUGGCAUCGCCGCGUCACUUCACAACUUGGGUAACGCCUGGCGGGACCUUGGUGAUCACAGAAAGGCCGUCAGCUAUCAUGAACAGGCACUGCAGAUGAGACGGAGUAUCUAUGGUGAGGACACUGAACAUCCUGACAUCGCCGCGUCACUUGGCAACUUGGGUAACGCCUGGCGGGACCUUGGUGAUCACAGAAAGGCCGUCAGCUAUCAUGAACAGGCACUACAGAUAAGGCGGAACAUCCAUGGUGAGAACACUGAACAUCUCGACAUCGUCAAGUCACUUCACGGCUUGGGUAACGCCUGGGCUGACCUUGGAGAUCACAGAAAGGCCGUCAGCUAUCAUGAACAGGUGCUACAGAUGAUGCGGAGUAUCCAUAAUGAGGACACUGAACAUCCUGACAUCACCGGGUCACUCAACAGCUUGGGUGCCGCCUGGAGUAACCUUGGUGAUCACAGAAAGGCCGUCAGCUAUUUUGAACAGGCACUACAGAUGAGGUGGAAUAUCCAUGGUAAGGACACUGAACAUCCUGACAUCGCCACGUUACUUAACAACUUGGGUACCGCCUGGUGGAACCUUGGUGAUUACAGAAAGGCCGUCAGCUAUCAUGAACAGUCACUACAGAUGAGGCGGAGUAUCUAUGGUGAGGACACUGAACAUCCUGACAUCGCCGCGUCACUUAACAACUUGGGUAACGCCUGGAGGGGCCUCGGUGAUCACAGAAAGGCCGUCAGCUAUUAUGAACAGGUACUACAGAUGAACAGGAGUAUCCAUGGUGAGGUCAAUGAACAUCCUGACAUCGCCACGUCACUCAACAUCUUGGGUGCCGGCUGGUUGAUGUUUGGCGAUCACAGAAAGGCCGUCAGCUACUUUGAACAGGCACUACAAAUGAUGCGGAGUAUCCAUGGUGAGGAUGACGGACAUCCUGACGUUGCAAAGACGCUUAAGGGGCUGAGUCUGGCUCGUAGCCUCAUUGUUGAUCGCGGAGAGGCCACCAACUGUCAAGAAUAGUUACGUCAGAAAAUGUUGGCAAAAGACUAUCAUCAUGACAUAUGCAUAACUAUAUAACAACUUAUGUUACAUGGUAAUCUGUGUCAUGCCAAGUGCUUCAAUAGAAGAAAAUGUCAAUUGGAACUUGUCAGUGAUCAUUGUCAGACAAUUAUGAAUGUGAACCAUGUCUUAGUUCUCAGUCUCUCUAAUUCAGAAUACACUGGGAAAGGAGAACAACACAUAAAGAACAGCAACUU